GUCAAAAUAAAAGGAAAAUAAAAAAAAAUUUACACCAUAUUUGCAAAAGGUGAGCCUUCUAGAAAUUUAUUAUUUCUGAACUGAAAAACGAAUCGAUUGAAAACUCUACAAGAAACUCUGUUAACAAUGAGUGAUUGGGAUACUGUAACCAUCUUGCGUAAGAGAGCUCCAAAGGCCUCUACAAUGAAAACGGAAUCCGCCGUAAAUCAGGCCCGUCGGCAGGGUGCACAAGUUGAUACUUCUCAAAAAUUCGGCGCUGGCACCAAUAAGCAACACCAGACGACGAAAAACACUGCGAAGCUGGAUAGGGAAAAUGAAGAGCUGAAACAUGAUAAGAUUCCAUUGGAUGUCGGAAAGAUUAUUCAACAGGGGAGACAGGGCAAAGGACUGAGUCAAAAAGACCUUGCAACCAAAAUUUGCGAAAAACCACAAGUUGUUCAAGACUACGAAGCUGGUCGUGGCAUACCGAACAAUUUGAUUUUGGGCAAAAUCGAAAAAGUGAUUGGCUUAAAAUUGCGUGGAAAGGAUCGCGGGGCACCACUAGCGCCCCUUGGUAAAAAGUGAAGUACUGGGGGGCAAAAUCAACCAAAUCAUUGAACAGCUCUAAAUCAUACUCAUAUUUGACCGACUAAAUGUUGACGUUUCUCUUUGAUUUUAUUAUAAAAAAAUUCCCCGAGUUUUUUUUUCGAAUGAUUAGGUAAAUGUUGGACUUUUGAAGAUUUUAUGAAUUUUAUUUUUGAUUUUUUUCUUUCGUUUAAAUUUAAAAGAGCUGUUUCUUGUUCAUUUCACUAAAAUAUACGUCAGAUUUCGGAUUUUAAUUGAAUCAUUCUGGAUGGAAUAGGGUUUUACAUGAAUGUGUUAUUCCAUAUUAAGCGUUUGCCCAUCCCAAUCAGCAUUUAACCUAGAGAAAUAACUUCUAAGGCUAAACGUAGUUUUUGUAACAUGAGACCGAAUUACUAAUAAUAAUCCAAAUUCCAGAACUAUUUGCAAGGAUCAAUUCGAUUUUCGUUCUGAUUAUAUCAAAAAAA